AGCUCUCACACCCUGACGCGCACACCAUCUCCGGCUCAGGCGGACCCCUCCAUCCAGGGAAAGAAAAAAGUCACCCUCCAGCCAUGUUUGCAUCUCGAGUUGUCACGCUUUACGUAGGCCUGCUGCUUUUUUUCCUUUGGAAUAUACCAUGUUUCCAGUCAGCUGCUAUCAUCUCUCCUUCUGCUCCGAGGAGGAACAGGGGAGCGAGACUCCCUCAUCAGGCCGGACAAAGGUCAAUCAAACUCCUAAAAGACAUCUUCGCGUCUUCCCGUCACAUGAUGAGCCAUCACAAAGAAGACCAUAAGGACGACAUCGUGCCGCAUGAGUACAUGCUGUCCAUUUACAGGACCUACUCGGCUGCAGAGAAACUGGGACUAAACGCCAGCUUUUUCCGCUCCUCUAAAUCUGCCAACACCAUAACAAGUUUCGUGGACAGAGGAACAGACGAUCUUUUGCACUCUACUCUGCGAAGACAAAAGUAUCUGUUUGAUGUCUCAACCCUUUCAGACAAAGAGGAGCUGGUCGGGGCCGAAUUAAGGAUAUUUAGGAGAGCGUCGGGUGACUUGCAGACGACAGGCCUCUAUCACAUCCAGCUCUACCCGUGCAGCUCGGACACGCUGCUGGACUCCAUAAUCCUGGAUCCUGUGGACUCCACCAAGUCCGGGUGGGAGGUUCUGGACGUGUGGCAGAUGUUGAAAUCUCAUCAACAACAUCAUUAUCAUCAUGAACAUCAAGGGAACCAGCUCUGCUUCCAGCUCAGAGUCGCUCUUAGGAAUUCUGAUGGCGAGGUGGACCUCAGGGUGCUGGGACUGGACAGGAGUGGGCGAUCCCAGCAGGAGAAAGCCAUUCUGGUGGCCUACACCCGAUCCAAAAAGAGGGAAAACCUGUUCAACGAGAUGAAAGAGAAGAUCAAGUCGCGGAGGUCUAUCAAGGAGAUAGAGGUGGUGAGGGCUUCAGAGGAGGAGGCAGCGGAGGAAGGGGUCCAUCUAAGGGGGGUUAGAGGAGACGGGCCAAGGCGGAGGAGGAGGACAGCCCUGAACAAUCGUCAUGGGAAGAGACAUGGCAAGAAAUCCAAAUCCAGGUGCAGCAAAAAGGCGUUACACGUGAAUUUUAAAGAGCUAGGUUGGGACGACUGGAUCAUCGCACCCCUAGACUAUGAGGCAUACCACUGUGAAGGGGUGUGCGACUUCCCACUCCGAUCCCAUCUGGAGCCCACCAACCACGCCAUCAUACAGACUCUCAUGAACUCCAUGGACCCCAACAGCACACCACCUAGCUGCUGCGUCCCAACAAAACUCAGCCCCAUCAGCAUCCUGUACAUAGACUCAGGCAACAAUGUUGUGUACAAACAGUAUGAGGACAUGGUGGUGGAGCAGUGUGGGUGCAGGUAGCGGACACAAAAUACAGCUUUUUGAAAGACUUAAAAAGCAAUGAUAUGUCUGGAUGGGUUGAGGAGACCCUCACCUGAAUGACAUCCACAUGGGACGCACGCAAGAGGCGAUAUUUGCUAUUUAUUCCGACUCACUGCUCAUGAAAAUGCACACUUUCCGCCUUAAAGUGUUAUUUCCCAAUCAUGCAACAAGUCAUCAAACAGGCCCUUGUUUCCCAGACUGUCCAUUGUGUGAUGGAAGCCCAUUGGGUGCCACUGUGCACCUGUUCGUGCCGUGGCUAUAGAGGACAGAGGCUUUUUGCCCGUCAGCGUUUGGACUUGCAAGCUCUUGUCGUGCAAUCUUGUCUGUAAGGCGAACUCGUUUGGGUCUGUGCAUGCAGCCCGUAAUUGCCUCUGUCCCACUGAAGUCAUUAAAUGCCCGUGCAAGUGCAUUUUUUGCAAAAAACGAAGAAGAAAGGAAAGGGGAGAGAAUGUCACACACACACACACACACACACACACACAAGCAUGCAUGCACACACUCACUCACACACAAACACACACAGUAGAGCAGAUAAUGCCUUCAAGAGAUUUUUGCCUCACUGCAGACCAGUCAGGAGAUGCUGUGUGAAGGUCUUCGUGUGCUUUUGUGGACACAAAACCAGACUUGUGGGUCCUCUGUUUUAGUACGAUGAUGUUUUAAAAAGCACACACAAGUCAGGCAAACUUAUUUUUGAAUUCUUUUGCUCAAAAGUCUGCAUCUUUACGAAAUGCACUUCCGCAAAUAGCUGCGCCAAGGAGAUGCAGCCAGUUUGUCUGCUCCGAUGAGGAAAAUGUAAAACAAGAGACUCGCAAAAGAGGCGAUAUUUAAAUGCACAUUAGCUUUGAAUGCACUGCUGUUCAUUAUUUUUGAGCUGUAAAUAUUUUGUAUAGUCGAUAACUUUACAAAGUGCUCCGAAUGAAGAAAUGAGAGAACUGCAUUUCUUUGUACAUAUACAAAAUGCACUCAAAUUGGUAUAAUUAUAUUCUAUUACAUAAUUAUUUUAUUAUUUGUGAUGUACAGUUUCAUGAUAAUCAUAUAUUUCUUACAUUAAUAAGAGUAAUUUAAGGUGUAUUCAAUUUUUUUUUUGUUUUUUUUUUUGCAGAGGGUGGAAAGUACCAUUAUUAAUUGUCUACCUCAUCAUUGCAUAUAGGACCUUGA